AAAUAUCUUUAUGCUUGCAACGUCUUAGACUAGGUUCAGUGUGGUAAGAAUGCUGUUUGAAGCAGGACUGACUUUGCUUACACUUUUUAUCCUUCUCUACAUCUAUGUCACAAAAAACUUCAACCAUUGGAAGAAUGUCGGUAUACCGUUUAUCAAAGGAACCUUUCCUGCAGGCAGUCACAUAGAGCUCAUUACUCAAUCUCGGCACAUGCAUGACGUAUUUAGAGAAAAUUAUCACAAGUUUAGAAAUCAGGACUUCUACGGAAUUUAUCUUUUUGGAAAACCAGUUCUUGUUGUUCAGAAUGUGGAAAUGAUUCGCCAUGUCUUGGUCAAGGAUUUUAAUAAUUUUGUCAACAGGAAUGACUCGAAUUUGAAUAGUUUAUUUGAUGGAGGAGAAUUUGAUCAAUUCUGGGCCAAACAAUUGAUUCACUUAAGCGGAGAUGAAUGGAAGGAUGUACGAUCAACAUUUUCUCCGAUUUUUACAUCUGGCAAGUUAAAAGGAAUGCUUAUGUUCAUGAAAGAGGUUGGAGCUGUCCUCAAAUUAGAGUUAGGAAAAUAUGCAGAUUCUGGUGAGGAUUUUGAAAUCAAGGACGUGUUUGGGAAGUUUACAUUGGAUUCUCUCGCAUCCUGCGCUUUUGGAAUCAAUCCAAAAAGUUUCGAAAAUUCGUCAACUGCUUUUGUUCGCAAUGCAGCUCGAAUAUUUACCUCUACAAGCCUUGACAACUUGAAAGCAUUUUCAAGAUUUCUUCCGUUUAGUGCUAAACUUCAAAAACGUUUAAACCUCAAUGCUUUAAAGCCAAAGGAAACUAAAUUUUUCUGCGACGUAAUUAGAUCAACUGUUAAGCAUAGACGAGAAACAGGGGAGAGACGCAACGACUUAAUUGAUCUAAUGAUUGAUUGUAUGAAGGACGCAUCAGAAUUGGAAUCCAACAAUGAAAAUGUAGAAGAUCAAUAUGAAAAUGACAUGAAGUUUGAGCACAAGAAGAGGAAAAUUGAGAUUGAUGACGAUGUAGUUGUGUCAACGGCCUUAAACCUGCUUAUCGCAGGUUAUGAUACGACAGCAUUAACUUUAUCCUUUAUGGGAUAUUUUCUAUCUAAGCAUCCUGAUAUUCAAACUAAACUUCAGACCGAGAUAGAUCAAGUUCUUGAACAGGGAGGAGUAAAUCUAGACUAUCAAGAUAUUCAAGAUCUCCCUUACUUAGAGAUGUGUCUAUUGGAAUCUCUGAGACAUUUGACUCCCAUUGGAGCUAUCUUGAGAACAUGUACAACGGAUUAUAAAUUUCCGAACAGUAACAUUGCGGUUAAAGCAAAUGAUUUGAUAAUCAUCCCUGCCGCAGGAAUUCAUAAAGACGAAAGAUACUUUCCGAGACCGAACCAAUUCAACCCAGAAAACUUUUCUAAAGAGUCGAAACAAUUAAGAAGUCCUUAUGCUUUUCUGGGAUUUGGUCAAGGUCCUAGGGCUUGCAUUGGAAUGAGAUUUGCUCUUCUAGAAGUAAAGGUCGCAAUGAUUGAAGUUUUGGCUAACUAUUCGUUUGUUUGCAGUGGCAAAAAUCUAGAACCCUUGGAAAUAGAUCCCCAAAGUAUCAUGGGAUAUGUAAAAGGAGGACUACAUGCAAGAAUUGAAAGAAGACGCAAACAUUAAGAGCUGCUUGAAUAUUCAGAUAAAAAUAUCUGUGAAAUACCUGAUCAUUGAUCAGAGAAACAACAGAUGUAAAUCCUUUCAAUUUCAAUUUAUAAGCACUUAUUA